UGAUGUAACCAGUGUCCCAGGAGAGACUUUCUGCCAGCUUUCUAAAGGAGCUCUUCUUCCUCCUCCCAGUGGGACAAAAGCAGAAAAAACAACCACCUGUAGCCAUUCAAGGUCUACGGCACUUUUCAGAGCGUGCCUAAAUUCUGGGCGAUGGUCAGUCCUGUCUGCACUUUGCACUGGAUAGAUAUUCUCCACCUUAGCCAAAUUCUCUCUGUCAUCCCAGUUGAGAGGUGUCUUUGAGCUGACUUGUGCCAUCGAAUACUAAGAUUGAUAAAAUCAUGGAUAUCUACACAAGGGCUCAGGGCAGUCGAAUGAAACCAAGAAUAUCAGUGAAAAAGAGCUUUGGUGAAGGUGUACUGCACUCUAUGGAGUCACUGCUGCACAGCAGAAAAGAGUUAUGCAGUGUAUCAGCAGAAGAAUGUUUAAGUUGGGAAGAACAAGAUAACUUCAUUGAGUAUGUUCAUGUUUUUAUUCUACAGAUUACAUUCAUAGGUUUUGCUGAAGAGAUGGGUACUGCUCAUUUGCAGGAGCUGUCAGCUGUUUCUGUAGAACUUCCAGAUGUUCUGAAAUCGCUUCAGUUGUGCAAACUAAAAGAAAAUGAGGUUAUUUUUCUAAAAGAUGUAAAGAAAACCUUGACAAAACCCUGUGUCAUGAAAAACCAGAACCAACUUCCUGAAGUGCUUUGUGUGAUGCGACUGGCUCCUUCAUUCCCAAAGAUCAAAGCGGAUUAUGUAUUUACCUUGCUGAGCAAGUAUACCAUGGGUGUAAGACACACAGUUGAAAUAAACUCACUGCAAAAACAUCAAACAGAGACAUCCCGGGCAGAAGAUGAUGACACUAAUCAGUCAGUUUCUUCAAUUGAAGAUGAUUUUGUCACUGCUUUUGAGCAGUUAGAUGAAGAUGAGCCUUCAAAGAUGCAAAGUGUUGGGCCAUGCAACUCUACUUCUCGAAGCCAUCGAGAUGCUGCUUCACAGACCAUCCCUGGUCGGUGUUCAGAAGCUGUGGACUCGAAGAUCCGUUUGGGUUCUGGAUGUCAAAAGUCAUCAUCUGCUAGAUCUUCUGCUUUGUUUGAUGUUUUGAGACUUAAGGAACUGUCCUCAGUAAAAAAUUCAGUUACAACUUCAAUUUCUGAUCCUUGGAUACAAAAGAGUUUCUAUAAGCCAUAUAACCCUUCUGAUCAAGGUGUAAAUUUUUUAUGUAAAACGCUGUUUUCCUCCUCUCCAGCUGAAUCUUCUGAGUCAAAUUGUUCCAGCCCAAGCCCCAUUAUCUUCUUAGAUGAAGAAGGUUAUCAAAAAAGCUUGAAGGCAAAACUCCAGCUGCCAAAAAUUCCAGUAGUGAAAGACGGUAUUGAGGAUUCAGACUCAGAAAUUAGUGAAUUUUUUGAUAGUUUUGAUCAGUUUGAUGAACUAGAACAAGCCCUAGAAAAAUCUGUUAAAGUUAUUAGGGAUCCCAUCUUAGGGAAUCUCUCUCAGAAAAGGAGGACUGCCCAUGAACAUUUGUGUUCUGCUAACAUUACAAUGAAUCCUCAGAAAUUCAAGUUUGAUCGUCCUACUCUUCCGGCCAAUGUAAAGAAACCAACUCCUCGUAAACCAGAAUCACCAUAUAGCAGUGUCUUUGAUGUCCCAGAUUCCCCUCGACCAGUUAAAACAUCAGGGGAAGAGAGUGGAGGCUUGUUCAGCCCUAUUAGGUCGUCAGCAUUCAGCCCACUAGGAGGCUGUGGUUCUUCUGAAUGUUUAUGUCGUAUCAGUCUUGGUGGAGAUGAGACGAGUCAAAACCACCAUGAUGCACUUUAUAAUACUUAUUCAGAAUACGCUGAUACUGUUUCAUUUGAAAUAUUGGGUUCUGUUUUUCAAUCUGACUGUUCGUCAGAACUUGGAGGAAAUGAUUCCAGAUGCAACAGGAUUGCUUUGAAAGAAGAUGAUGAUCAAGCUGCAGAUCUCAGAAAGAAAACUGGCAAGGAGCCAGAUAAACAAGCAAAAUCUCAACAUAAGUCAUCAAUGAUCAGAGAUAGCAUUCAAAAAUUUGCAACUGACUUGGUUGAAAAAAGUUUGGGCAGUGCUUUUAAGGACCUGCAGAAAGGUGUUUCUUCAUGUACCAAUGCACUUUGUCAUUUGGCUGCUAGGUUGACAUCUUCAGUCUUUCAAAUGGCUUUCUAUGAAAUUGGAAGACGUAGAGCAAUCUCCCUGAAGGAGCGUGCUAUUAAUGGGCUAGCAAGCUUUUUGGUGAGUGAAGCUAUAACUGGUGCUUUGAAAGAACUGCGACAUGUAAGAAAACAGAUGUUUACCAAUACUGUUGCUAGAUUUGCAGCAGACCUUGCUGAAGAACUUGUGUUUGAAGGAAUCAUGGAAGUAUGCCAGUUUUCCUAUCCAUCGACUCCUACAUCUGCACAGCUUUCUUCAUUUUCUUAUGAAGAUAAAGUGGUAAGAUCCUAUGCCAGAGAUCUGUCUGAGUCUGUCAUUCAGGAGGCUUUUAUUGAACUAUCUCAGGUUGAUGUCACCUUCACAACGCAAGCAGCCAUUAGUGUUUCCAUGGACAAUGUUAAAUAUGUGAGUGCAGAAAGUAUGCUGGAAUCAACACAGACCUCCACAGUUCUUCCUAAUUUUAAUGAUAGGGUAGGACAGAAUCCAACCCAAGAUUGCAAGAAGGAAUAUACAGUACAUCAAGCUCUAUUUUGUACCUCUGGUGUUGUAAGUUCAAUACCUGUUCCCUUAGCUGGAAGAGCUCUUUGUCAUUAUCAAGCUUCCUCUGAUACUUGUAAAGCAAAAGUAUGCACUGCUCCAAUUUCUGAUGACAGUAUGAAAGUAUACGAAGGCUGCAGUCAUCCAUUUUUCACAGGCAGAAAAAGAGAGGAGGAAAUCUCUUCCUUCAGGAAUAUAUACCUGACUUCGGAUCACAAUCAAAGUUUUGAAAAUAAUCCGUCACUCUUACAUAACCAGAAUGAUACUAAACAAACAAAUAACAGAUCCGGAAUGAGGAGUAACUCAGAAUUAACAAACGGGUCAAAAAACAUUAAUAGUUUCUCUGGAACUAUGGUAGAUAUGAUAGUAAAUGAAGCUUAUGAGACCAUAUCCUCAUCUAGAGUAACAAAAGCAGUGGAAGAGUAUACAGAUCUUUUAACAAGAAAAGUAGUAGAUAAGAAACCUUAUGUGCAACAUAGUGGUGAAGAUUUCCCCAAGAAUGUGUUUGCGGAUCACCUGGCCAAGUACAUCAUGAAGCAGUCUGUGGAUGAAAGUAAAGCUGUGUUACGCAACGCUAGUGAAAAUUUAUCAUGUAAUGUGGGCUCACAGACUCAUGCAGAUAUCAGUGGAAGAGAGCAAUGUGUAAUAAAGAAGCAAGAGGCUGAGAAACAAAGUAAUGUUUCCGUAAUUGUUGAACAACAGAUGCCUUUGAAUAAUCCAUGUAAAUUGCUUACUCCAACUAAUUCUGUUCAGUGUUUUUCAGAAUCUAGAGAUUGUUGGCAGGAACAAAAAGGAUACAGAUGUUCUUUAAAAUCACCACCACCUUGCUCCACUGUGACUUUAGCUAGGCGUGUUCUAGAGGACGUGACUGAGGCAGGAAGCUGCUCGAUGACGUACUUAAACAAGCCCUCAAAAAAACAUGAGAGUCAAAAACCAUCAUCAGGACCCUUGACUUACAGGCAAGCUGAUUGUUUUCUGCACACAAAUAGCUUUUCUUCAGUGAUGUCUGGCAGUGAAGAUGCUUUGCAGAUGGUUGAUAAGUCAAGUAUCAAAGAUGGAAAUAACAGUUUAACACCUGACACCCCCCCACCAACUCCUUUAGUACCGUGUCAAGCUAAUUCUGAAAGAAACCUACGAAAACUGUCUAAGAAACUCAAGGGAGAAUUAGCAAAGGAAUUUGCACCUGCAACACCACCAUCUACACCUUACAGUCCAUCUGUUACAGGUUCAUCUGAAAUUGAACGUGACUCUUUGGAAAAUGAGGAAUUUAUGCUGAAACUCAUGCGAUCACUUUCUGAAGAAGUUGAAAGUAGUGAAGAUGAAGAUCAUUCUGAAAUGAUCAUUGAGAAGGAAGAACGUUCAGAAAAAACUGUUCAGUAUGCAGAUUACUUAGCUAGUCAUAUAAUUUCAAUAGCAACUGAGAUGGCAGCUUCCCAUUUAGAUGCUAAAACAAAUGAAAGAGAAGCUAAUAGACAGGUUCAUUUGAGUAUGCAAAACAAAAACUGUGGAUAUACUGCAUCUGUAAGUACCCCAGAAGAGACAUGCAGUUCUUUAUGGAAUUACGCAGGUGAUAUGGCAGGAAAAGUCAUCAGUGAAGCCAAGAAAAUGGUGAAAUCAAGGCACUGUAAACUGUUAAAGUUGAAACGUGUUAACUGCCAAGUGGAUUGCCUUUAUCUGAGAAAAGGUGAUAAGGAUCAUAGUUCAAAGGAGGAAUGUGGCCAAGUGCAGGACCAGUGUCCUGGUGAGAGAGAUUCAUCUGUACUUUCUUUACCGCAAGGUCCAGGCAUGAUAGGUUUGACAUCUAAGUACCCUAGCUGUGAAAGUGUGACUGAUGAAUAUGCAGAUCAUAUAAUUCAUGUUUUGAAAAGAGAAGGUGGUAACGCCGAACUGUUAAUGGAUCAGUAUGCCAGCAGGCUUGCUUACAGGUCUAUCAAAUCAGGCCUACGGCAAGCUGCUAGGAAAACUAAAUUGAGAUGCAACAGAAAGAUAUUUCCUGGGCAAAGCGCACCGAUGAAUGGUAAACUAGAACUUACCAAAACAGUGAAUAAAGAUGCAGUACAGCAAGUGAAAAGUGGCAUUCAUCACUGUGUAGACCAAACUCAUGAAAGAGGUAUCAGCAUGCAGAGAACAGAAUGCAUGGAAUUGUUGCACUUUUCAGAGUCUCUUGCUUGCAGCAUAACGCAUGAUGUCAGAAAGAAAUUGAAACUAUCGGGAGCGUGUUUGCCAAAAUCUCUGACAGAUUCCUGUCUAUAUAAAAAGACUGAAUUUGAGGAAAUUGCAGGGGAUCUUAUUAGAACAAGAUUUCCUAGGACACUUCUACCUUUCUCCCCAAAUCAUAAACUGUAUCAUAGCACGGGCAGUUUGAAUGAAAAUAGUUACAGUGAAAGCAUAAUUCAAGCUAUAGAACAGUACGCUAGAAAAGUAGCAGAUGAUACUCUAGAAAUGGGUUUAGAAUCUGCUGGUCUCCAGGUUGCUGAAAACAGAAAAAAUGGGGAUAGGCUUUCAUAUACUGAGAAACUGUCUCCUUUUUCUGGAACUGUCUGUAGAUGCUGCAGUAUGAAGGAACAUCAUUACUGUACAGAAAGUGUGUCUCAUCACUUACCUCUGCAAGAUUCUUCUAUUCCAGUGAGGCAUUUUCUUCAUUGUAGGUUGGACAGUGUCUGCCAAAAACCAAGAGUCUUUCAGCUUGAUAUUCCUAAAAUUCAUGUUGAUGUAGAACAGAAGACAACGUUCUCUGAUAAGGUGGUUGCUGCGUCUGUCGAAAAAGCAGAGGGAGAGCUGAGUUAUGCAAGUGUGGCAGCUGACAGUGGUAUUGGACAAGAUGGAGUCAGUUUUGCUGAAAGCCUUACUACUGAAAUAAUGACAUCAGCUAUGACUAAUAUCAGUCAGGCAGUUAACAUAAGCACUGUUGGAAGAGAAGGAUUUCACUCUGUUGAAUCUGUUGUUAGCCAGCAGAUGAGCCUUAGUAUUGGUGAUGAUAGCACUGGCAGCUGGUCAAAUUUAAGUUUUGAAGAUGAACAUCCUGAUGAGAGCAGCAGUUUUCUUCAUCUCAGUGACAGUAAUGGUAACAGCAGUAGCUGGAGCAGUCUUGGUUUAGAAGGGGAUAUGUAUGAGGAGAAUUUAUCCUUUCCAACAUCAGACAGUGAUGGAACAGAAGACAAAGAUGAGGAUUCCAAGGAUGGUGUAGAAGGUUUGGAGCAAGUAAAAAAGACUUUAGCCAUAUUAAAUAUUGACCUGGAACCAAAUCUAGUGGACCCCCAGCUCAGAGCAGCACUCCAGUGGCUAGCAGCUUCUGAAACAGAGGUGGCUGAUCUGCACUUUCACGACAUUGCUACAAGGGAGUUUGUCUUACUUUCCAGAAGACUGCGUGAAAGAGAUUGGAAAGUGGGAGAUCUCUUGCAAGCAGUGUUGAAGUACUGUGAAAUGCUAGAGAAGGCAUCCGAUGGAGAACAAGCCUUUAAUAAGUCUUUGGUUGGGUGGCUCCUGGAUAAUGUCUGAAAAAGUCCAAAGAUGCACCACUCCUCUCUUCAUUCCUCUUUCAAAAGGAGAUAGGAAGAACGUAGAUAAAUAAUGUAAAAUUCAAUUAAUGAAUGUUCAAAUAAUUGUCAGCAUUUAAAAGACUGAGGUGAAAGUCAAAGUAUCUGUGCUGUGCUUUGUGAUACUGUGCACAUGAUAUGUUUAUUCAGUCCAUAAUCAGCACUGUCCACCCAUGCAUAACUUGUGUUUACUGCUGUGUUCAGACCGUUGAGAUAGUUAUGAAAAAGUACCUUGUCUAUGAUAGUAGCUCAGAGGAGACAGUCUCAGGCAUGACAUUGAAGUUUCCCACUGCACCAGGAUUGCUCUUUACCAUUUGUGUCUGUUCUGUAUUCACGGUGGGACUAUGAACACUUGUGUUCUGGAAAAACCUCUUCUCAUAGUGUGCAGCAGGAUUUUCCAGAAGAAUUGUCAUUCUUGGUCAAGUGUUAGGUGCACAAGGGCAGAAAUAUCAGGAGGAAAAUGGACUUGCCCAGGCAGACCCUUACUGAAGUCUGCCUUCAUAGCUGCCUUUCUCAAUUUGAAUUUUCAAAGAUGUGAGAGUCUGCUCUGAAAUUGAAGUGCAAAUACUUGUUUCCUUUUGUUGAUUAUAGAGCUGGUAAGUUCAGGUAGAAGGACAGUCUGAGCAGCUGAGCAUAACUUCUUAAAAACGAAGCAAAGUUUCUUGAAGUUUGCAGUCAGGUUUAAAUUGCUAAAUUUCUUACUGAAGUUUCUUGUACCAAAAUACUUGUAUAACAUUGAUUUCAUGUCUGAAGAAUUUGUAUGUUAGUCUUUGUUAUGGUUUAAUCCUAAUAGCAGCUCAGCUCCACACAGCUGCUUGCUCACUGCCCCUCACAGUGUGACAGCAAAGAAACUUGGAAAGGUGAAAGUGUUAAGAAGUCAUGGCUUGAGAUAAAGACAGCUGCAGCAAAAGCUGCCCUUGCAAGCAAAGCAAAGUCAGGGCUCUCUCAUACGUGAUGGGUGCUUGGGAAGACAACACCAAAUGCCACCCUCCCUGCCAUUCCAUCUUCCAUUGCUGAGCAUAACACCACAUGGUGUGGAAUAUCUCUUUGGUUAAUGUAUUAGCUGUCCUGGCUAUGUCCCUGAUCAGCAUCUUGUGCCCCUUAGCUCCUCGCUGGCAGGUCAUCUUCAGAAGCUGAAAUGGCCACAGCUCUGUUAGCACUGCUCUGCAGCAACUAAAAUAUCAAUGUGCUGUCAAUAUUAUUUUCAUCACAAGUCCAAAACAUAGCACCAUACAAACCUCUGUGAAGAAAAUUAAUUCAAGCCAAAGCUGGGAGAGUCUCACAUACAGAGUAGCAAAUGGAAUCUUUUUUUUUUUCUCUGAGAAUUGUGGCCAUCUUUUUGACCAGUCUAAUUCUUUACUUCUUACCUUCCAUACAUGAGUUUUCUUUGCAGUAAUAAAGAGAAUUUUGUUACUUGCUGAGCACUUAAGUGUUAGCAUGGAAAACUCAUUAAAAUAGAAAGGAGAAAUUUAUUGCAAAUUGAUUUUUCAUUUUUCUUAACUACCUUUGCUGAAUAUUUUUUUAAAGGCACUUUUAAUCAAGUCUUUUUAGCAAUCUAAUCAUGUUUCUUACCAGUACUGCUGACUUGCCUUUUUGUCUGAAGGAAAGUCUGGAUCUUUACAUAUCCUGUCGUAUGAGAAUGCUUUUGGGGUUUGCUUUUUUGUUUUUAUGCAUUCUUUUUUAGAAAAAGGCACUUGGUAGUAAUUACAAGGCUGCCACCUCAACAUUCAUAUCACUUGAAAGCAGAUCGUGGUGUUUCACUUAGCUUGGGUGAACAAAAGAAUCUUAAUGGCUUUCUCAAGGAAAAAUACACUGUUGGUAUGUCAUGCAUUUCAGGGUGUGAUCCCAAAUGAAAAGAAAUGGAUGUCUUUAAACCUGUUCAUGAGUUAUAGUGCAAUAUGUACAAUUCUGAUUCCUCGUGUCCUAAAUUGCUAUAAAGUGUCACACUGGUAAGACCACUUUUCUUGCAGUGUCUUUGUGUGUCAGGAAGGCAUUCCACUAGUCAGUAUAGAUCUUUUUACAGAGACCUGGUUUAGUUUAGUUUUCAUCUGUCAUCUGGUUUUCAAAAGGGACCCUGUCUUGGAUCUCAAAGUUUACCUUUCAAACUGGGUUAGGUUUAUAUAUGCAUGUGUGUGUUCACACGUGUGCAUGCACACACAACUAGAUAUGUUGAUGUAUCUAUAUUAUGUAUUAGAUCUCACCUAUAUGAAUUUACAACAUAAAUUUUUAUUGCUAACUUAAA